GCGGCCAUUUUGCCGAGGUGGCCGUCUCAGCCGGAGGAAGCGAGGCGAGGCGAAGGCCACGUCAGGGCCACGCCGCCGUCGAGCUCUCCCAUGGGCUGCCUGGCGGACCUGCCGGUGAUUGGCUCGCAAGAGCUGAUUACGUCUACCAUCCGGCCCAGCCUCCAACGAUUAAAUUGGCCGGUCAUUCUCUAUGCGGUCUCUCUCUCCCGCCCGCGCUGGAUGGAGCUGAUGGCGGCCUUCCUGGCGCCUGCCCCUGCGCCCGCCCCGGCCCCUGUCCGCCGAGCCCUGGUCCUGCUGCUGCUCCUCAUCGGGCUCUCGGGCUCCUCAGCGGAGCCCUGCACUGAUCCUGUGAUUACUCCUUCCUACUACACCACCUCUGAUGCAGUCAUUUCCACAGAGACAGUCUUCAUCGUUGAGAUCUCUCUGAUGUGUAAGAAUGGGGCACAGAACGUGGCCCUCUAUGCUGAUGUUAAUGGGAAGCAGUUCCCAGUGACCCGUGGCCAGGAUAUUGGACGUUAUCAGGUAUCUUGGAGCCUGGAACAUAAGAAUGCCCGUUCUGGAACUUAUGAAGUGAAGUUCUUUGACGAAGAAUCCUACAGUCUUCUGAGAAAGGCCCAGAGAAGCAAUGAGGAUGUCUCAGCCAUUAGACCAUUAUUCACAGUCAGUGUGGAUCACCGGGGUGCCUGGAAUGGGCCUUGGGUCUCUACUGAAGUGCUGGCUGCAAUGAUUGGCAUGGUGGUCUAUUAUAUGGCUUUCAGUGCCAAAAGCAACAUCCAGGCCUGAGCCGUAUGAAUUGAGCUUCUCUACAAAGACGUUUUUCUUCAUGCGAAAUAAAAGGGUUUGUCACUGGAGAAAACGAUGUCAUGA